AUGUAUAUGGUGUUCACCAUCUCAAUAUCUCCUUGGCAAAGACAGAAAAAAGGAAAUCCAGUCAACCAGCUAAAGGUAACCUUCAUUGGUGAAGCUGGAGUCGACUCUACUGCUUUACGAAAGGAGUUUCUUACAGAAACAAUCAGUGGCAUUGAAAUAAGCCUCUUCUUGGGUCAGAGAGCAAAGAGUCCACAGUGCUCCAACAAUGACCUUGACAAUGGUCUCUUCAGGACUGCUGGAGAGAUCUUUGCAGUCAGCUUAGCUCAAGGUGGCCCAGCCCCAUGUUUCAUGCGAGAGUGGUGCUACUUUUACCUCACUACUGAGGAAGUUGAUGUCCUCAGAAUUUGCAAGGACGAUGUAGAUAAUAUUGAAUACUCCCUGUUGAUCUCAAAGGUUGAAGAGGCAACUGAUCUGACAGAAUUCACAGAUGAAAUGAUCAGCUGUGAAUACACAGGAGCACUCAACAUAGAACAAAAAGAUGCCAUAAUUCGGGGGUGUGGUGUAAGAUGGCUAAACAUUAUUCCUCCAGACUCAGAAGGUUACACUGGACCCCAAAUCAAAUCUGCCUCUGCAUCUGGAAAGACAAUGUUGUAUGUAGUUCCUCUACAAGAGGAACUGGACCUUAAUCCUCUCCCAAAUGAUGCCAGAGAAUAA